CAUCUUGACUGGUGGCGGCGGCUGUUUCCGGGCUUAGCGGGGGCUGGAGCGGCCGCCGAGUAGGAGGCGGUGGUGGCAGUGGCCACAGAGUGCAGAGUGCGGGCUUGGGGGCCAGGCCCUGCCGAGGGCAGGGAAAGUUACCUCUUCUUUCCUGAAGGUGCCGAUAGAGCCGGUGGCUGAGCGACAAGAUGAAUUUCCUCCGCGGGGUAAUGGGGGGUCAGAGUGCCGGACCCCAGCACACAGAAGCCGAGACGAUUCAAAAGCUUUGUGACAGAGUUGCUUCAUCUACUUUGCUGGAUGACCGAAGAAAUGCUGUUCGUGCUCUCAAAUCAUUAUCUAAGAAAUACCGCUUGGAAGUAGGUAUACAAGCUAUGGAACAUCUUAUCCAUGUUUUACAAACAGAUCGUUCGGAUUCUGAAAUAAUAGGUUAUGCUUUGGACACACUGUAUAAUAUAAUAUCUAAUGAUGAAGAAGAAGAAGUAGAAGAAAAUUCCACAAGACAGAGUGAAGAUUUGGGAAGCCAGUUUACAGAAAUUUUCAUUAAGCAGCAGGAAAAUGUUACUCUCCUAUUAUCUUUAUUGGAGGAGUUUGAUUUCCAUGUCCGCUGGCCUGGUGUGAAGCUUCUUACUUCUCUUUUAAAACAGCUAGGGCCUCAGGUGCAGCAAAUCAUUUUAGUCAGUCCCAUGGGUGUUUCGAGAUUGAUGGACUUAUUAGCAGAUUCCAGGGAAGUUAUACGUAAUGACGGUGUGUUACUACUACAGGCACUAACAAGAAGCAAUGGAGCCAUCCAGAAAAUUGUUGCUUUUGAAAAUGCUUUUGAGAGACUACUGGACAUUAUUACAGAGGAGGGAAACAGUGAUGGAGGCAUAGUAGUGGAAGAUUGUCUGAUUUUGCUCCAAAACUUGUUAAAAAACAACAAUUCCAAUCAAAAUUUUUUUAAAGAAGGCUCAUAUAUUCAACGUAUGAAACCUUGGUUUGAUGUUGGCGAUGAAAAUUCUGGCUGGUCUGCACAGAAAGUGACUAAUCUGCACGUAAUGCUACAGCUGGUUCGUGUGCUGGUAUCUCCCACCAACCCUCCGGGUGCUACCAGUAGCUGCCAGAAAGCUAUGUUCCAGUGUGGCUUACUGCAGCAACUUUGCACUAUCCUAAUGGCCACUGGAGUGCCUGCUGAUAUCCUGACUGAGACCAUUAAUACUGUGUCAGAAGUUAUUCGAGGCUACCAAGUAAACCAAGACUACUUUGCUUCUGUAAAUGCACCUUCAAACCCACCAAGACCGGCAAUCGUGGUACUUCUCAUGUCCAUGGUUAACGAAAGGCAGCCGUUUGUAUUGCGCUGUGCCGUUCUCUACUGUUUCCAAUGUUUCUUAUAUAAAAACCAAAAAGGACAAGGAGAAAUUGUGUCAACGCUUCUACCUUCCACUAUUGAUGCAACAGGUAAUUCAGUCUCAGCUGGUCAGUUAUUAUGCGGAGGUUUAUUUUCUACUGAUUCACUUUCAAACUGGUGUGCUGCUGUGGCCCUUGCCCAUGCUUUGCAAGAAAAUGCUACCCAGAAAGAACAGUUGCUCAGGGUUCAACUUGCUACAAGUAUCGGCAACCCUCCAGUUUCUUUAUUGCAACAGUGCACCAACAUCCUUUCACAGGGUGAUAAGAUCGACAGACGGGGAAGCAAAAUACAGACAAGAGUUGGGUUACUAAUGUUGCUUUGUACCUGGUUAAGCAACUGCCCCAUUGCUGUAACGCAUUUUCUUCACAAUUCAGCCAAUGUUCCAUUUCUUACGGGACAAAUUGCAGAAAAUCUUGGCGAGGAAGAGCAGUUGGUACAAGGCUUAUGUGCCCUUCUGUUGGGCAUUUCGAUUUACUUCAAUGAUAACUCACUUGAGAGCUACAUGAAAGAGAAACUAAAACAACUAAUAGAGAAGAGGAUUGGCAAAGAAAACUUCAUAGAGAAACUAGGAUUUAUUAGCAAACAUGAGUUGUAUUCCAGAGCAUCUCAGAAACCGCAGCCAAACUUCCCCAGUCCAGAAUACAUGAUAUUUGAUCAUGAGUUUACGAAGCUGGUAAAAGAACUUGAAGGUGUGAUAACUAAGGCUAUUUAUAAGUCCAGUGAAGAGGAUAAAAAAGAAGAAGAAGUGAAGAAAACAUUAGAACAGCAUGACAGUAUUGUGACUCACUACAAAAACAUGAUUCGAGAGCAAGAUCUUCAGCUUGAGGAAUUAAAGCAGCAAAUUUCUACGUUAAAAUGUCAAAAUGAACAGCUCCAGACAGCAGUCACACAGCAAGUAUCUCAGAUUCAGCAACACAAAGAUCAGUAUAAUCUUCUUAAAGUACAGCUAGGAAAAGAUAAUCCGCAUCAAGGUUCUUACAGUGACGCGACUCAGAUGAAUGGCAUUCAGCCAGAAGAAGUUGGGAGGUUACGAGAAGAGAUAGAAGAAUUAAAAAGUAAUCAGGAGCUUUUACAAAGCCAGCUGGCUGAAAAGGACUCUCUGAUUGAAAAUUUGAAAUCUUCCCAAGCAUCACCUGGCACAAAUGAACAGUCUUCAGCAACAGCUUCUGCUCAAGAUUCUGAACAAAUUGCAGAAUUAAAACAGGAACUGGCAACAUUAAAGUCUCAGUUAAACUCACAAUCUGUGGAGAUCACCAAACUGCAGACAGAAAAGCAGGAGCUGUUACAGAAAACAGAAACAUUUGCAAAACCAGCCCCUGUACCAGGAGAGAGUGAAGCUGUAGCAGCUGCAAAGACGACGGACGUGGAAGGAAGACUAUCAGCAUUAUUACAGGAAACGAAAGAAUUAAAGAAUGAAAUUAAAGCUUUGUCUGAGGAAAGAGCUGCUAUUAAAGAGCAGCUGGAUGCAUCUAACAGCACCAUUGCCAUUUUACAAAAUGAGAAAAACAAACUUGAGGUGGAUGUUACAGAUUCUAAAAAAGAGCAAGAUGAUCUGUUGGUGCUGUUGGCUGAUCAGGAUCAGAAAAUAUUUUCAUUAAAGAAUAAACUCAAGGAACUUGGUCACCCGGUUGAAGAAGAGGAUGAACUUGAAUCCGGAGACCAGGAUGAUGAGGAAGACGAAGAUGAAGAUAAUGGCAAGGACCAGGGUCCUAUCUAGCUUUAAAUCUCUAGGAAUGGUAGAGACUAUAUUGUAACUUUGAAGAUGGAGUCUUAAGACAGUGCUUUGGUUUGCCUCCACAGAAAAUAAAGAUUUAGAAACCCAAAUGGCAAAUACUCACUAAUAAGACUAUUGAUGUAUUUUUUAAUGAUGCCACCCAUGUUGAACACCCUAAAACUAACUUCCUGCAGAACACACAUCUUUUAUUGAAAUUCAUCUGAAUUGUUCCGAAUGAUAAUUUGCGAAGAGCUUCAGACACUAAAAAUACACCAUUUUAAAGCAUGUGGUGGCAGUGCUAUUUGCCUUAGUUUAUUGGUUGUUUACCUAUGUUCUGUAUUAGUCUAUUAUUUUCACUUUUCAGAAUACGUGACUUUAAGUACUAACACAUUUGAUUUAAUGUGUAUUGGAAUCAUUGUUUCUAAAUUCAGCAUUGGGCUUCUUAGCUAAUGAUUUCCCUUUAAAGAAAUGGAUUUACUGAAAGGCAAGAUAGCAUGGGCUGGGGCAUAAUAUAGAUCGUCAGCCCUCCAUCCAAUGUGACUCCUAAGAUGGGCAGGAUAGGACCGUUUAGAAUGAGUGCCUUGACACCUGAUAUGGCUGCACUCUGUAUUGUUUUUCAGGGAAGACACCGAAGGACACUCACAGAUGAGGAGGGUGUUUCUCAGAACGUUUUGCAACAGUGUAUUAGCAUGCCAUUGGGUUGGGUUGGGUUUUAUUUUAAGCUAAACUUUAAAACAUUACAAAAUAACAGCUCAUACAACUCAGAUUUAGUAUUGUUGUCUGAUUAUCAUAAAACAUAGUAUGGUCCUAGUUUUAAAAAGACCCAAACUAUGAUUUAUAUAAUUUAUUGGCAUUUUUGCUGAAUAGGUUUAAGUCAGAUAAUAGAUUUUUAAAAAGCAAAUGAAGCAAUGUGUCAAAAUUUAAUGUUUCAUAAUAAAAAUAGAUACUAUGUUCACUUAAUCCCUGGUCAUGGUUCCCUUUUUUAGAUUUUGAGGAAAGUAUUUUAUUCUUAAUAAAAGUUGAAGCAGGUGGAAGUGAUAAGAGGAAUUCUCUUACUAAAAGUACGUUAUAACUGAGGAGUCUUACUGUUCGGAACUAAUGAGGAUUCUGUAAAACUGGAGGUACUAAUUGAAGCAGAAGCAGAAGAGGUUGGAGAAGGGUUUGGAUAUUUCUAAAUUGAUCACUGGAGUUCUUUGCAAUGAUUUCCAUUUAAAGAAGGAGGUUUACUUAAAGGCAAGACGGCAAGAGUUGGGGGAUAACGUGAUUCAUCUGCCUCCUGACCUCAGGAAUAGUUUGAGCAGUACACUGAGGGGCACAGACUUUUGAAAGAGGAGAAGUGUCUUCCUGUGUCCUGAAAAGGGAGAUGGCUGUGUGAUACAGAGCACCUGAGAGGGCCCCACUGUGCUUCUUACCCCUUGCCAUCCGAGAACCACAUGACUAUUACUGGACCAUAAAAUCUUCCUAAAGUUGACACCACGAAAUGAACAAAUUGUUAAUGACUGUAUUUUACGCUUUUGUUACAAAGAUAAAGAAAAAUAGGUCAGGAGUAUGAAUAAGACUCCUAUAGAUAACAAUACCAAAGAUCUUCAGAAAGAAACCUCUGCAAAAUCAGUGAUCGUUUACCAAAAUUCAGUCAUUCAGGCAGGCCCGGAGUAGAGAAGAUGCGUGGAGGCUUCGUAGCAGUUUAGACUGGAGCCCAAAGGGAUAUCUUCCUAACUGUAGCCACAGGUUUUUUUUGCCUGGAUUGCUUCUAGAGCCUCCUAAAGUGUCUGCCUCCAGGCUGGUUGUUGCCUCUCUACCCCUCGCUCCCACCAUCCUCUCUUUUACACUUUCCAAAAUGGAGAAAAGACCACAGUUGUCUACUGUCACAGCCCUUAGCCAGGUGGAUAAGCCCCUCUGUACUCUGCUGCUCGCUAAAUUUCCCUUUGAGUAUAUUUUACAAUCACACAAAGAUAUUUGCUGCUUUUUCAUUUCUAACUGUGCUUUUGCACAUGUUCUCUCCCCCGCCCAUGUGCGAGCCCACUCAGUAAAGACAGUUUCCAUGUACAGAAAGCUACAGUAGUGGAGCAUUUGUCAUAAAGUGCAACACACAUUUGUCCUGAUGGCUUGAAAUUUUAUUCAAGUGUGGCGUAUACCUCUAGUGCCUCUGAAAGAAAAGAAUAAUCACCCAAAGUUACUAUAAGAGCUAAAGUAACUACUCACAUUUGACAGGUUUAAGUUACUAGUCUGAAAUUCUGCUGAUAGAAUAUCAAAGCCUUAAGUUUCAAAGUUUUGUUGUGGCCAGGUAAGGGCCGCAUAAUGCUCAUUAAAACCAAAAAUCUGUACCAUUAGAGCAAAAUUCAUUGACUCAUUCAGUGAAUUUGAGUGUGUAACGUGCUGGGUACCUCUGCAGGCACUGGGGAUAUAGCAGUGAAUAAGGUGAAGUCCCUUUCCCAUAUAACUUACAUCAUGGAGGAGUCAACGGCAGUAAACAAGUACCUAAGACAGUGUCAAGUGCUGUGUGGCUUCCGGAAAGGAGUUUGCAUUUUCUUCUGAGUUUGAUGGGAAGCCAGAGGAGUGAUCAGGUCUGACUUCUGGUUCGUAGAUUACGUUCUGUCGCAAACUGCCUGUGGGAGGAGACCGUUGCCCCUGUCUAAGCAAGAGCAGAUGUAGUUCAGGCUACAUGGUAGGAGUGGAGGUAUCUAAAGCGGUAGGAUUGGGCAUAUGUUUUACAGGUCGGGCUGAGAGGACUUGUUGAAUUGCAUGUGUGGGGAGCAGGGGCGUAAGAGAAGUCAAGAGUAACCCCCAGAGAAAGGUGGUGGCUCUUGCUGAGCUCAAGAACACUGGAGGAGCCGGUUCCGAGUGCUGAUCCAGAAUUGUGUUCUGAGGCUUGCUAAAUCUGAGACACACAAGUAGAUAGAUUUACACAAGUAGAAGGGUUGUAUCAGAUGGAUAGAGAAAUUUGGAGUUCAUUAGGACGCAAAAAUAGCAUAUGGAUGAUAUUUAAGUCCAUCCAGCAGGAUAAGUUCUUGCAGGGGAUGAGUAUAGAGAGAAGGCAGCCAAGAGCUGAGGCUUUGGGCAACUCAGUCUUUAGUGGUAAGGAAGGAAUCUUUAAUGUUCAGUGCACUGUGUGGUAAUCUUAACCCAGAGCAAAUUUGAGCCUUGGAACUAAAGGGAAAACUGAGAAACCUGUGAGCUUUAAAUUGAUUUCUUACUGUCUUUUGGAAAAUAAAAACUUAAUUCAUUUCAGAACUGCUUUAAUGAGACAUUCUGUUGAUGCAGAAAUCUGCCCUGCUAACCAAAUAGAAGAUAAGUAUCUGAAAAUAUUUCUUUAAUUGCAUUAUAUCAUUUGAAAGGUGUGUGUUUUUUAAUGCACGUUAUUUUAUCAGAUUGCCCCCUUAGUGGAUUAUUGACUUGCCUCUCUACCAGAAACCCUGAAGAGAAGUGAUGGUUCCAAUUUUUCUGUCUACAACUCAGAAACUUUAGGAUUUUCUGUAAUCUUUCAAAAUGCAAAUUAAGCCAGAGGGAAAACAUUAAGGUGUGACACAUAUAUCUAUCUUAAGAUGUGGUUUCCCUUCCUGCAAAUUAACUAAUUUUGUCUAGACAGAGGUUUUCUCCAUACACACCAAAAGCAAUUGUGACCAGUUGUUUUAGCUUGAAAAAACUUUUACACACUGACCUUGGUACAAUUACAUACUACUUUUGAUUUCACUCACUGCAACACAAGACCACUCUGUAAUUACAUUUUUCCACCUAUGAGGGUGUAAACACAUGAAUUUCUAAUAUCGGGUUUACUACUCAUUUUCCAGUUCUGGCUUUUAAU